CGAUGUCGAAACUCGAGCCGCUCUCCAUCGACUCGCUCCUCCUUAAACAAAAAGCUGAGAAAGAAGCCGCGUCUAAGCCAAAAUUCCUCUCCAAAGAAGAACGCGCCAACCUCGCAAUAGCCCGCCGCGCCGCCGAACUCGCCCAAGAAAAAGAGAAAGUAACCUCCGUGCAGCGGGACCGCGAGGCCCUAGAACGAGAAGCGGAGCAGCUUAGGGCGAGGGAGAGGGAUGCGAGGGGGACGUAUGGGGGUGGAGGUGGGGGUGGGGGUGGGAGGUAUGGAGGUGGAGGAGGUGGUGGAGGAGGGGGGAGAUACGAAGAUAGGUAUGACCGAGAUGGUCGGGAUCGGGAUCGUUACAAUAGACGAGAUAAUCGUGGACGUCCUGCUCCUCCGCCUCCAGCACCUGCUCCCCAGGGCGGCGGAGGAGGAGGAGGAGCAGGCUACGCCGGCGUACCCACAGGUCCUCGCGCCGACCGCUCCAAAGCCCCUCCCACCGGCCCAUCAGCAGCCGCCUCUUCCUCCUCUCCCGCCCCCUCAUCAUCCAUGCCCCCUCCCUCCCUCCCUCCCUCCCACGCCUCCACCCCCACCCCCUCUUCUCACCCAACCUCAACAUCCACCUACACGACAACAACCUCCGACUCUUCAUCAACCUACGUCCCCCCCAUGACCUCCUCCGACCUCAGCGCGAUCCGCUCUCGCUAUCUAGGCGUCGACAAAAAAAAGCGCAAGAUCCGAAAAAUGAACGAUCGGAAAUUCGUAUUCGACUGGGACGAGCAGGAGGACACUUUCAGCUCCGCCGAUGCGCCCCAUAUCCUGCCUGAGGGCGUGACGAGGCAGGGCGCGCAGGUUAUGUUUGGGAGGGGUCAUAUUGCCGGGAUGGACGAUGGGGGGAAUUCGAGCGCUGCGAGGAGGGAGGCGGGUGGGACGGGGACAGGGAAGGGUGAGACGGGGGGGAAGGGAGAGACGAGGGCGGCGGUGGAUCCGAAUCUUGCGGAUCCGAUGGAGAGGAGGAAGGCGGCGAAGGCGGGGUAUGAUGAUCGGCAUUGGACGGAGAAGCCUCUGGAGGAUAUGAAGGAGAGGGAUUGGAGGAUAUUUAGAGAGGAUUUUAGUAUUGCGGCCAGGGGUGGUAAUAUCCCGCAUCCGUUGAGGUCGUGGUUGGAGUCGACGAUUCCUCAGCAGAUUUUGGAUGUGGUGGAUAGUGUGGGGUAUAAGGAGCCGUCUCCAAUUCAACGACAGGCUAUUCCUAUAGGACUGCAGAAUCGCGAUAUCAUAGGUAUCGCAGAGACCGGUUCCGGAAAGACCGCAGCGUUCGUGAUCCCCAUGUUGACCUUCAUCUCGAAGCUCCCACCGUUCACGGACGAGAACCGGCAUCUGGGACCGUACUCGCUCAUCCUAGCCCCGACGCGUGAAUUGGCACAACAGAUCGAGUCUGAGGCGCGCAAGUUCGCGACGCCACUCGGGUUCAAAUGUGUCUCUAUUGUCGGAGGCCGAGCCGUAGAAGAACAACAAUUCAACCUACGCGAAGGCGCCGAAAUCAUCAUCGCCACCCCGGGCCGUCUCAAAGACGUCCUCGAGCGACACGUCCUCGUCCUCUCCCAAUGCCGCUACGUCGUCAUGGACGAAGCCGACCGAAUGGUCCACCUCGGGUUCGAAGUCGACCUGACCUUCAUCCUCGAUAAGCUUCCCUCGGAGACGAUGGAGGGCGAGGACACGGGGCAGAGGAUGGACGUCGACGGGGAGACGAUGGUUAAUGUGGGAAGGACGAGGGUGACGACGCUGUUUUCGGCGACGAUGCCGCCGGCGGUGGAGAGGCUGGCGAGGAAGUAUUUGAAGAGGCCGGCGAUUAUUACGAUUGGUGAGGCGGGCAGGGCGGUCGAUACGGUCGAUCAGAGGGUGGAGUUCGUUAUUGGGGAGGAAAAGAAGAAGCAACGUCUGUUGGAGAUCUUGAACAAUGGAGGGUUCCAGCCGCCCAUGAUCGUCUUCGUCAACCAGAAGAAGACCGCAGACCAGGUCGCGAAGGAUCUCUCUCGAGCAGGUUGGAACUCGUCGACGCUGCAUUCGGGCAAGAACCAAGAACAGCGAGAGGCGGCAUUGCAAGCGCUGCGCAACGGCGACGCCGACGUCCUCGUCGCGACCGAUCUCGCCGGGCGUGGUAUCGAUGUGCAGGACGUGUCGCUCGUCGUUAAUUUCCAGAUGGCGAACACUAUCGAGGCUUAUGUGCAUCGUAUCGGUCGUACGGGACGUGCGGGCAAGCAAGGUGUCGCGAUCACGUUCUUGACGAACGAUGACGAUGAGGUCAUGUACGAUCUCAAGCAAGAAAUCUCCAAGAGCCCGGUGUCGAAGGUCCCGCCGGAGCUCGCCCGACACGAGUCUGCGCAACAUAAGGUGUCGAGGGAGAUGAAGCGCAAGCGGGAGGCGGACGACCUGGGGUAAGACGUUGUCGUUUCGUGCUUCCCCUCAGAGCUGCGAUAUACACUCGAGUACUAGUCUUUGGGCGCGAUGUGUUGUGCUGGGGGAGGUUGAGAGUUUCCGAGGACUGAGUCGCCGAGAUUGUGGGUGGGUGCCAGGGUGGGCUUGGGUUUGGGGAGUCGAACUCGGCGUCGGAGGCUCCUUGGUGCUGAGAAGUUAUUUGUAUAUUUUCUGCUGGCCGUGUAAUGCCUUUUGUGCGGAUGCGUUGCAAUCGGACCUCUUCGGACUGCGGUAUGCUACCUUUUAGUGCUACUACUACUCCGUAGCUGGGUUAGCUUGUGACUUUGUUCUGGUAUUUCGAAUUUGGAAUACUUGCUCGAGUGGCUAGGUAGGAUUGGUCUGGAGAAAUAUCAUCGUGGUCAG